AACCCCCUGGCCCACGAUAAGAUGAUGUCUCUCCUACCAGAGUAUGUGGUUCCUUAUAUGAUCCACCUGUUGGCUCAUGACCCAGACUUCACCAAGCCACAGGACUUUGAACAGCUGCGAGACCUCAAGGAGUGUCUGUGGUUCAUGCUAGAGGUGUUGAUGGUGCAGAAUGAGAACAACAGUCACGCCUUCCUGAGGAAAAUGGUGGAGAACAUCAAGCAGACCAAAGACGCACAGUGUCCUGACGACCCGAAGGCUAACGAGAAGCUGUACAUCGUGUGUGACGUGGCGUUGUCGUGGUUACAGAAGCUGUACAUCGUGUGUGACGUGGCGUUGUUCGUGAUCGUUAACAAGUCGACCGCCUGUCAUCUGGAGUCUCCUAAAGACCCCGUCCUGCCCAGCAAGUUCUACACUCCACCUGACAAGGACCUGAUCAAUGAUAAGGAGUAUUUAUCAUCAGAGGCCAGAACGGUGCUGCUGACGGGAAAGCCAAAGCCAUCUCCUGUCUUGUCUACAGUGAAUAAGACUCUGACGGUGCCAGGUAGGAGAGUCUACAACAAGACCACCGGCUCAGACAGCAACACCAGUACCCACUCCCAGCCCAGCUCUCCUGUUACCAAGACCAGGGAUGUUGUGACGGAGUCGUCAGAGGGCGGGGCGAGAGAGAAUGAAGAGAACCCUGUUAUCACCAAGACGGACGACGGGAAGGAGGACACAGUGACCUCUGACCUCACCACAGGUGUGUCAACCAUCCCCAAACCUCGCCGCGGACGCCCCCAAGGCCAUACCCUCCCCUCUGGCCAAUGAGAAGGAAGGAGGGGCAGGCAAAGGCAGGAAGAGGGCGGCACCUGCCCAGGACUCCGCCCCCUCGGGGGAGCCAAACUCCAUCAAGAUCCCUAAAGCUGAGGAUGUGACGCAGAUCCUAGACCUGCAGAGGUAAACAGCAGACCACUGCAGCCCAGAUCAAGACCCUAAAGAAACUCUCUCUUUCUCUCUCUUCAGCUAAAUCUCU